UUUUUACACCAUCUUUGUCGUUUAUAUCCUUUCUUCUUACUUUUUUUUUUUUUUUUCAUUCGUACUGGUUUGUUUAACGACUCCUCCACUAGUUCUGAUCUCAUGUUUGAGCUGAUAGAUUGAAUCACGACUUCAAUUUCGUCUUCAAUCGAUAUGCAAUCCGAAUAUGAUAUUGGUACUCUGUACCAAGAAGCUCGGACCCGUUGGUUGAAACCUCCUGAGGUUCAAUUCAUAUUGCAGAAUUAUGAGAGAUUGAAGCUUACUGAUACGGCUCCUCAAAGGCCUGCGAGUGGGUCUUUGUUUCUUUUCAAUAAAAGGGUUCUUAAAUUCUUCCGUAAAGAUGGUCAUCAAUGGCGUAGAAAAAGGGAUGGUAGAGCUAUUGCAGAAGCACACGAGCGACUUAAGGUGGGUAACGCCGAGGCCUUGAAUUGUUAUUAUGCGCAUGGAGAGCACGAUCCCACUUUUAGGAGACGUAUCUACUGGAUGCUAGAUCCGGAAUAUGAGCAUAUUGUCCUUGUGCAUUACAGGGAUGUAAGCGACCGAGAAGAGGGAAAUCAAACAAAUGGACAAGUUUAUCAGUUUGCACCAGUUCCUACGACUCAUUUUUCAAGUCCAAACUCCAUCGGGACUCAGAAUGCGAGCUAUAAUCACUACAUUGGUGAUUCUACUGACAUACAUCAGCAUUCAUCUACUUCUCAUGGCACUGCAGAGGUUAUCUCUGAACUUGAAGGCAGUGCAAGUUCUUCUGAGUUAGGGCAAGCUUUAAAGAAGCUUAAAGAACAACUGAGUAUCGGAGAUGAACACGUUGAUUCUAUAGAUCCACCCUACAUUCAGCCGGAAAGUCUCGACAGUCUCCAGUUUUUAGGGUGUAGUAAUGACAUUGAUCACCUUCCUCAACCAACAACUAGAUAUCAGAGACCAGAGAAUAACAAACUGGAGCGAUGUUACGGAGGCAAUUUUGGAGCUCAAUACAAUGCCAAGAAUGAUUCAAACAAACUAGAGAGAUGCUAUGGAGGGUAUGUCGGAGCCCAAGACCGUUCUAGCAAUCUCAUGCUCGUAAAGAAUGAUUCAGGUGGUACAGGAGGGAGUGUAGAUGAAGGGUCCGGAUCUUGGAAAGAUGUGUUGGAGGCAUGUGAGGCCACUAUACCUCAUAACUCCGAGGGAAGCACACCAAGUUCAGCUAAAGGAAUACUAGCUGGAAUCCAGGAAGAUUCAAACUGGAGUUACAGCAAUCAGGUUGACCAAUCUACAUUUUUGUUGCCUCAAGAUCUUGGUUCUUUCGAAGUACCUGCUUCUUAUUCUGCACUGGGAGCUCCUGAGGAUAAUGGUGAGUACUGUCCAAUGAUGGAUGAUGGAGGGGAAUUCGAGCUGCCUUUCGAGCAAGAAAUGAGCCAGACUGGUGCACAUCAGCUAAAGUUUACUAUUCAGGACAUAUCACCAGAGUGGGGUUACGUGAAUGAAACCACAAAGGUGAUAAUCAUUGGAUCGUUUCUCUGUGAUCCAGCAGAAUCUAUGUGGUCUUGCAUGUUUGGGAGUGCUAAAGUUCCUAUUGAGAUCAUUAAGGAAGGUGUUAUUCGAUGUAAGGCCCCUCCAUGUGGUCCUGGGAAAGUCAAUCUAUGCGUUACUUCUGCAGAUGGACUCUCAUGUAGUGAAAUAAGGGAAUUUGAGUAUCGCGAUAAGCCUGACACAUCUUGCCUUAAGUGCACUUUGUCACAGACCUCUGAUAUGUCCACAAGUACAGAUCAGCUUUUAUUACUUGUAAAGUUUGUACAAACACUUAUGUCAGACCAACGAUCAGAAGGAGAGAGUAACUCAGAGUUGGGCAAUGAUAAGCGGUUGAAGAAACUGAAAGCAGAUGAUGAUCAAUGGACCCAUGUCAUAGGAGAGAUCCGAGAUGGCAGUUCAUCGUCAACAAGAAGAGUUGAUUGGCUUCUACAGGAACUGCUUAAAGACAAGCUGGAAGCUUGGCUCUCUUCAAGAUCCAAAGAUAGAGAUUCUUGGUCAAAGCAAGAACAAUGCAUUAUCCAUAUGAUUGCAGGCCUUGGCUUCGAGUGGGCACUCUAUCCAAUCCUUGGUCAUGGUGUCAGUGUUGAUUUUCGUGAUAUUAACGGAUGGAGCGCUCUUCAUUGGGCUGCACGGUUUGGGAGUGAAAAAAUGGUGGCUGCCCUUAUAGCUUCAGGAGCAUCAGCUGGAGCAGUGACUGAUCCCAGUCAGCAAGACCCAAAUGGCAAAACUGCGGCUUCAAUAGCUGCCUCUAAUGGCCACAAGGGUAUUGCAGGUUAUCUAUCAGAGGUGGCGUUAACAAACCAUCUCUCAUCGCUCACACUUGGAGAAACCGAGAUUUCGAAAGAUUCUGCGCAAGUGCAAGCAGAGAUAACAGUGAAUUCGAUCUCAGAACCAGGUCCUUCCGAUAAUGAGGAUCAAAUUUCACUGGAAAAAACGUUGGCUGCAGUACGAAAUGCAGCUCAAGCAGCCACACGAAUUCAGGAAGCUUUUCGCGCACAUUCAUUCAGAAAGCGAAAGCAGAGAGAAGCAGCUAUGGCUGCCUGCUUACAAGAGUACGGAAUCUAUUGUGAAGAUAUUGAAGGGAUCUCAGCCAUGUCAAAGCUAACGUUUGGAAAUGUGAAGAACUACCAUUCAGCAGCUCUAUCUAUUCAGAAAAAGUAUCGUGGCUAUAAAGGUCGAAAAGAGUUUCUGGAGCUUCGCCAGAAAGUUGUGAAGAUUCAGGCUCAUGUGCGAGGUUACCAAAUAAGGAAGCAUUACAAGGUAAUCUGUUGGGCAGUAGGAGUUUUGGAUAAGGUUGUACUCAGGUGGAGAAGAAAAGGAGCUGGGCUAAGAGGGUUCAGGCAAGACGUAGAAACUACAGAUGACAGUGAAGAUGAAGACAUUCUCAAGGUGUUCCGCAAGCAGAAAGUAGAUGGUGCAGUGAACGAAGCUUUCUCUCGUGUUCUAUCGAUGGCCAAUUCUCCAGAAGCUCGCCAGCAAUACCACCGCGUGCUCAAGAGAUAUUGUCAGACAAAGGCAGAGCUUGGAAAAACAGAGACAUUAGUUGGAGAUGAUGAUGAUGGAUUGUUCGACAUAGCUGAUAUGGAAUUUAACUCGUUGUUUACACUGCCUUGAGGGAAAAGAUAGGCAAGAAGAGCUGUGUGGGUUGUAGAGGUUUAUCAAGUGUGUAGAUUUGUGAAGUUUCAAGAGUGAGUAGCUUAGAUUUAUAAGAGUUGCAGAGAAGAAGAAAAAAACAAAAGGGAAAAGCCCUUGUUACUGUUAGUAGCGUCUGUAAAAAAGGGUCUCACUGUGGCUAACUUAAAAGCUUGAAUGCUUCGAUGUUGGUUGGAAAAUUCAAAACAAUGUAAAUACAACAAAAUUUGUGAUCUCAUUUUUUUAUGUAUUUACACCUCCAGAACAAAAUUGGGCAUGAGUUUAAUUGUUAUGGUAA